AUGCUUUCUCUUCCACCUGGAGUUCAAGUCGAUGUUUCAAAAUGUCUCAAUUUCGAGCAAUUAUUCUCUCUUAAACAAACCAACUUUUAUUUUCGAAAUUUAAUUGAAAAAUACGAGGGAGGAUUGGCUCGAAUGAAGUUUUUUGAACUUUUAUUGUGGAAAGCAGCGAUAGCUAAAUCUAUUCCUUUGUUUUUGCAUGGAAAUGGAAAUGAUAGUGAGGACUUUUCUGUUCAAGUUAAAAGAGAGGACAAAAAACCCCGUUAUAUUCUGAAAUUGCCAAACAUCCCAAAAACUAUAGAAGAAAUGAUUGUUAUUCGAUUUUGGUUAGAACAACUUUUUAAUUGUGCUUUUGAACUGUGUUAUCUUGUACAUACAAUAUUUAAUCCAGAAAUGAUCAAUUUAUUAUUUGAUGAUGACAAAACAAUUCUUAAACAAUUUCAUGUUCAAAAAGCCACUAUAUACCCCAGCAACGAACCAUUUGAAAUUUUUUUGAAAUUUAGUUUAAGUCGUGUCGCAAUUUACAAGAGUUUUAGCAUUGCUCUCGAAGACAUUUCAGAGCGAAACACUGAUAUUUUAUUCAAUAUUAUAAUAAAUGAAGGCAAAAAAUUACCUAGCGUUGCUUUUGGUAUUUGUAACUCUGCAAGGCUUUAUGAUCGUAUUGUUGAACAUAUAACAACAUCUGAGGACUGUUCAAAAAUUGUUUCUAAUAUUAUACUUGUUUGUCGUUCAUUCGAAAAUUUUGAUUUGCCCGAGAGAGCAGAAAAUGUCAAAACUGAACAACGGGAUAAUUUAAAAUCUACAGUAUACGAAAUUGGCAAUAUUUAUUUUUCCAAGAAUGAACGAAGAAUUGAUCGUGUAACUAUUUGUUAUGUUCAUAUCACAAAAAUGAAGAGUAGAAUUGGGGAGGACUUUAUGAAUUUUGUUACUUAA